GGGAAGGAGGAGAGGCAGAGGCAGAGGCAAGCAGGGCAAAAGGAGAGCAGCCAGCCCCAGCCCCUCGGUGCCCCCUGGAGCCAGUGGUGGGGCGCGGCCAGUGCAUGAGGGCAGCAGCAGCAGCAGCAGCAAAGGCUGGAGGAGGAGGAGGAGGAGGAGGAGGCGAAGGCUGCCCGCCUGCUGCUGGGUCUCUUUGCCCGGGAGGCCGAGGCUGAGCUCCCGGGACAUGCGGCCUCCUCCCUUGCUGCCGCGGAGACGGCGACGGAGACGGAGGAGCAGGAGAUGAGGCUCCGCCAUGGCACCUUCCUCACCCUCCUCCUGGCAUCCCUCUGCGCCCUCUUCUCCCUCUCCUGGUACGGGGCCUUCGGGGGACACAAAGGUGACGUUGUGGAUAUCUAUCAGCGAGAGUUCCUAGCGCUGAGAGACCGCUUACAUGCUGCAGAGCAGGAGAGCCUUAAGCGGUCUAAGGAGCUGAACCUCGUCCUAGAUGAAAUAAAGCGAGCCAUCUCUGAGAAACAAGCCCUGCGGGAUAUAAACCGGACAUGGAGCAGCUUAUCUGAUGAAACAAAAUUAAAAUUGUGGAAUAUCACUAACAAGAAUGUGCUGCAUCUCCCCACCAUUUUUCAUCAUUUGCCACAUUUGCUGUCAAAAGAGAACAGCCUGCAACCAGCUGUGCAUGUUGGACAGGGGCGAACUGGAGUAUCAGUAGUCAUGGGGAUUCCCAGUGUCAAGCGGGAAGUGCAUUCCUACCUGACAGAUACCCUCAACUCUUUGAUCUUGGAACUCAACCAACAGGAGAAGGAAGACUCUGUCAUUGUUGUCCUGAUUGCUGAGACAGAUCCGCAGUAUGCAACAGGAGUGGCGGAAAAUAUCAAAAGCCUGUUCCCUAAGGAAAUACAUUCUGGACUUCUUGAAGUUAUUUCCCCUUCUCCUCACUUCUACCCAGACUUCUCCCGUCUCAGAGAAUCUUUUGGUGACCCUAAGGAACGAGUCAGGUGGAGGACUAAACAGAACUUAGAUUAUUGCUUUUUAAUGAUGUAUGCACAGUCCAAAGGCAUUUAUUAUGUUCAGCUGGAAGAUGACAUUGUAGCUAAACCAAACUAUCUCAGCACAAUGAAGAACUUUGCUCUGCAGCAGCCAUCUGAAGAAUGGAUGAUCUUGGAGUUCUCACAGCUUGGGUUCAUCGGGAAAAUGUUCAAGUCCCUGGAUCUCAGCCUGAUUGUGGAAUUCAUACUCAUGUUCUAUAAGGACAAACCCAUUGAUUGGCUCCUUGAUCAUAUCCUCUGGGUGAAAGUCUGCAAUCCAGAGAAAGAUGCAAAACAUUGUGACAGACAGAAGGCGAACCUGAGGAUCCGUUUCAAGCCCUCACUCUUCCAGCAUGUGGGAACACACUCCUCCCUGGCUGGUAAAAUCCAGAAGCUAAAAGACAAAGAUUUUGGGAAACAAGCUCUUCGGAAAGAACAUGUCAAUCCUCCUGCAGAAGUGAGCACCAGUCUGAAAACCUACCAGCACUUCUCCUUGGAGAAAGCCUAUUUGAGAGAAGAUUUCUUCUGGGCAUUUACCCCCACAGCGGGUGACUUCAUACGCUUUCGCUUCUUUAAGCCACUCCGCAUUGAACGAUUUUUCUUCCGUAGUGGCAACAUUGAACACCCCGAAGACAAACUCUUCAACACUACAGUGGAAGUCUUACCCUUUGAUAGUCUCCAGUCAGAUAAGGAAGCCCUGCAGGAGGGAAGAGCAACAGCAUUCAAGUACCACAGGACAUCUGACGGCUACAUACAGAUAGGCUCCUUCUCAAAAGGCAUUGCUGAAGGAGAAGUAGACCCUUCCUUUGGGCCCCUGGAAGCAAUACGACUGACCAUCCAGACUGACUCUCCUGUAUGGAUCAUCUUGAGCGAGAUAUUCCUGAAGAAAGCUGAUUGAACUUGAAGAUACAGAGAGUGAUGCACAAAGUCGCUAUCAGCUCUUCCCCUUUUCUUCCACUCUUCUAUGAAACUGCAGAUGGGGCAGAAUAUGAGCAGCUAACUCCUCACGCAAAGGUGCUUUCAAAGGGCACCUGACUGCUCCACAAACAGGAAGAAGAAGCUGGCAGUGAAACUUGGCAGGGCCUUGGAGUUUCCUGACCACACUUUCUAGGAGAAGAGAAGCAAUUUUCCCCCCAACACAUCGGUGCUGGACUGAACUAAAAAGCAGCAGCAGCACUGGGGCUGGCCUGUUGUGUACUCAGCUGGCUUUGCAGCUGUAAAAAAAGAACUAUGGAGAUGAAUGUUCUGUGUAAAAGAUUUACUUCUUUAGUCCCUCGAGCAAGGACCAGGGGAUUUCCACGCCUCCCCCCUGCCCCAACCCACCUCCCCUCAGUGUUGAUGCCUGAAUGUAUCAUCUAAGGGUGCAUUUAGAAAUACGGGUUUAAGGAGUGUGAAGGACAAGCGAGAGGGCAACUUGACUGUCAAGCUGUUAAAAGCUGUGGUGAAGCCCUGAGGUAUACUGUGAGAAGCAGCCACCUCCAGCCAACCUCUUGUGUAAGUAAAAGCAGUUGCUCCAGGCCCCUCCCGAGGAUUAAAUAUGUAGGGUGACUGGUCAGAGGUGGGGGAAGAGGAUGCCAGGUGGAGACAACAGAAUGGCAGGGAACUAAUAAUACCACACUGUGCCUGCCAGGGUGGUACAUGCCCCCAUCAUACAAUACAGUUCAUGUUGAAGUCACCAGUGUCUUCAUGCCUUGAGAACAAGUGCAGAGUCCAUCCUUUUAAAUCCAUAUCUCUGUUAUUUACUGGUUGGUGUAAGUUUUGAAGAAAAACAAACAUGUAGGCCAGUUUUCAAACAGUAGGGAUUAGAGUGUAAUUUUAAAAACAAAAAACAAAAAAACCCAAUGUCUCUAGCUAUACACUGGAAUGCAUUAUACUACUUUAAUGUGCUGUAUUUUUUAUUAUUGGAUACAUUUGAUUUUUUCAAGUAUAUCUAUAUAAAAUAUAUAUUAAAAUGUGCACUGUAAAAUUUUAAUUCUA